UGGUAUCAAAUUUAUUAUAAUGAAUAAAGAAGGAUCGAGAAGGAAACGCCAAAGGUUCACCGAAUCGCUCAGAGACAUGUUGUUAAAUCUGGGCAUUCAUAACAGAAGAGACUGGUUUGAGUAUAUUGAAAAGACUAGAUCGUCGCGUGCAAGUGAUACGUUUCCCGAACAAUCUGGAAGAAACUUGGAGAAAGAUUCAACACCUUACCCUCCAGAUAAACAAAAAAGGAAAAUUGAAAGAACACAUCGUUUUUUAAAGAAGUUGAUGGAACAGGAGUUACAAAAAAAUACAGUGAUUGUCCGAAGGAAAAGUCGGCUGUCCCGAUCCAUGGGUAAAGUCUUUUCGGUACUUUUCAAUCAAGGACCUAUUGAGCAAAUCAGCAGCCUGGUUUUCACUAUAUUCACUAUAACUAAAUCGGUGGUAGAGGGCAUUAAAAUAAGAGGCAUUCAACCCCAUGAACCCCAUGAGCGCAGUUUCCACAUAUUUCCUCCGCACACUGAUGAGCCUAUUGCUGUGAUCAUGGAUAGAAUAGCCGCCUUCUGUUCAGGUUCACCAGACCACUCAGUCAAUAAUUAAGGCCAAAAACUUGAGGACCCUUAUAAAACCGAGAUGCAAAACUAAAAGAAAACAUUCCGCAGGGCAUCGAUAAUACCUAUUUAUUAUCAUGAAAGACGGCGAGUGAACAUAUAACAAUUAUGGGUAACAGAGUAAUUACAAAUAUCUAAAAGUAGUAACAAAUAACUGUGGACGUAUAUAUAACUUUGUAUGUUGUCAUAAUAGCUUGAUAAACAUAAUACAAAAAAGAAAAAAAUUGUGAUUUAAAAUAACAUGAUCUUCCACUUUACUACAUAUUUAAUAAUUGGAGGAGCGAAAACCAUUUCACAAGUUGCAGGAACUGCGUGUAAUGACGAUUUUAUUGCCGCCGAAGAAAUUUCAUAUAUCUACUGCACUCAAAAAUCAAUCUUUUCCACGAUAUAAAUCCACCAAGUCAUCAUGUGCAACU